AUGGCCGAAUCCGAGGUACAGCCUGGAACCGCGGCAUUAGUUGUCGCAAAGGACGAGUCAGAAGACCAACAAUUAACAACCGAAAACCUACAGCUAUCAAAAAAGGAGAAAGAUUCACAUUCUGACGAUUCUAUGCAUACGGACAAUGAAGACCACGCGCUAGAAAACGCAGAUUCUACAGUGGGAGAUGAGGAGACUGGACCAGGGGAAAAGAAGAAGAAGAAACGAAGAAAGUUUGAUGACAUAGAGCGGCCACAUAUAUGCAAGUAUACGAAUUGUGGAAGACCAUAUGCUACCGAGCACUCUUUGGCACAG